UGAGCGUCAUCAUUCCGGGAAUGAACAUGGACCAUGAGAGGGUGUCCAUUCGGCCGCGUAACGAGCAUGAGUCAUUGUUGGCCAGGUGGCAGAACAAGAACACCGAGAGUGUGAUUGAGCUUCACAACAAAACACCUGUGUGGAAUGAUGACACUCAGUCCUACGUUCUGAACUUCCACGGCAGAGUCACGCAGGCUUCUGUUAAAAACUUUCAAAUCAUUCAUGACAAUGACCCUGACUACAUUGUGAUGCAGUUCGGCCGUGUGGCAGAGGACGUCUUCACAAUGGACUAUAACUACCCAAUGUGUGCGCUGCAAGCCUUUGCCAUUGCUCUCUCCAGCUUUGACAGUAAACUUGCCUGUGAAUAAACUCAAAUCUGAGGUUCAAAGAAGAGAUGAUCUAUCUGUCCUUAUGGGCUGCUUGUGUAUCCCUCGGGUUGGUUUGAGAUCUUUAAGUCACCCAAUGCCCUGGAACUCCUGCAUACUGCGAAAUACAUUGUGGGCUUCAAGUCCUCGGUGUCUAUGUGUGCCUGCAGUCGAAAAGGGGUAAAUGGUCAUGAUCUGUGGGAGAAAACAAGCACAAAAAGUAAUCCACUGGUAAAAUCAAAGGAAUUGGUCUCGACUUAUAUUGUAAUUUUGUAUACUGCAACUGCAUUAUAAAAACCUGCACUGUUUCUUUAUGUAGUAGCUUUAGAAGUUUAACGUUUCCUUACUUGUACAUUUUAACUAACAGGGACACAAGAGUUUUGUUUGAGCAACUCCGUGUAUUUUCUUUCUGUAGUCUACAGCACAGUCUUUCCAUAUUUCAUGCAUGGUAAUUUUAUUUUCUGCAAUCAUUUGUAACAACUUCAUCGGUAUAGGCUGUUUGGUGCUGCAAGCAUUAAUCGUUAUUGCAAAAAAAUAAAAUAAAUAAUCACUUACUUCCAAAAGAAUCAAUUAUAGACUCCAACUUGAAAAGGAUAAAGGCAUGUUAUACAGUGCUGUCUACCACAUAUUGUGUCACACUGUUCAACGUGAAUGUACAGGAUGAUGGUGCACUUUACUUUGAAUUAUGUGAUGGAAAGAUACAUUGCUGUACAUACUUUAUUGUGCCUUUGAAGAUGAACUCCAGUUUUAAAGUUUGGUCACAAAAUAACUUGAACUUGAAUUAAUCUAUGUGUUUCUUGCCAUCCUCGCGUUCACUGAAGAUAUUUCUCUAAAUUUUAGCGUGCCUCAGACAUGUUCAGAAUAGAUGAACACAUUUGGCUACAGAAGAUUCAAGAUAGUUUAUUCCAACGUUUCAGACCGUCUAUAGGUAAAUUAUAAUUAGCUUCACAACUUCACUGCUCAUUUCCUUCAAAGUUUAUUAACACAGCAUGACCUACUGCCAGAAAACAAAGAGGGUGAAUCCACCUUUUGUUUUAACACAUGUCUUUUCCUUGACAUUUUCAUGAACUUUAUAUUCCAUUAAGGAGCUUAAUACAUUCCUCAUCUCACUGGCAGUAAAUCAAUAUAUCACCCACUGCUCACAUUUUUACUCAAAAUAUUUGUCCUCUUGCUUCUUCUAGGGCAUAAUCUCUUUUUGUCAAAUGUAAAGUAGUAGAUUUUCUAUUUUACAACCAUUGAAAAAAUAUGCCGAAUGACAGCAAAUAACAAUCGCUGAUACCGCUAUUGUUACUGUGGGUUCUGAGAAGAUCUUUAACAAAUGUGCUAUUCUUGUAUUCAGUUGUGUUAUAUUAGAAAUUUCUAUUUCCAAAUGGUUGAUACUCUUGCUGUAAAGUCUGCUUUUCUCAUAUGUGUCCAGGACUCGGGAGGUUCUGUCAUUUUCCGGUUUCAGUGCUCUCAUCAUUAUGUACAGUAAAUGGUGUACAAUUUUACUCUGGUGGUAUAAACAAAGUCCUUUGAUCAUGAGAAAAAUAAACUUACAGUCUGUCAAAUGAAA